GUCACUCGCUACACUCUGUAACAUAUCUACUACCCCUCCCAAUAUGCCUCGCGCCAUUAUUUCCCCCUCCGUUCUUGCCUCGGACUUUGGACAGCUAUCUGCAGAAUGCAAACGUAUGAUCAAAGGAGGUGCUGAAUGGCUGCAUAUGGACGUUAUGGAUGGCCACUUCGUUCCAAAUAUUACUAUGGGGGCUCCCAUCCUCACAUGUGUUUCUAAGGGAGUCCCAGGAAUUUUCAUGGACUGCCAUAUGAUGGUCGCACAACCAGAAAAGUGGGUCAAUGACAUCGCGGAUGCUGGUGGUGCUUUGUACUGCUUCCACAUCGAAGCCACCAACGACCCGAUCGCACUCAUCCACUUCAUCCAUGAACGCAAGAUGAAAGCCGGUGUCGCCAUCUCCCCCGAUACGCCCUCAUCAGGCAUCACAGACGAAGUCGGUGAGCUCGCCGACAUGCUUCUCGUCAUGACCGUUUACCCAGGUCGUGGUGGCCAGAAGUUCCUCGACCGUUGCGUUCCCAAAGUCUCCGAGCUUCGUACCCGCUUCCCCGAGAAAGACAUCGAGGUCGAUGGCGGUGUGGGCCCCAAGACGAUAGACGUUUGCGCCGACGCAGGCAGCAACGUUAUCGUCGCCGGUACAGCCAUCUUCGGCGCCGCAGAACCAGAGAAAGUCAUCAGCCUCCUCAAGUCGACCGUCGACACCGCGCAAGCCAGGAUCGCUGCUGCGAGACGAUGAUCAUCGAGCACGAUCCGGCAAGCUAGACAAAGACGUUGAAGAGACGACGAAAGACACAAAUGUAAUAAACGAUGCGUGGUGUAUCAAUUAACUGGUAUGAUGUACUUAGACUUGGUUUGCUGUUGAAGCACAUUACGGUCUGCCAGUGGCAGUGGAUAUGCAUUAGAAAGAAGUUCUGUGGAGCAGUGAAAUGAAGCUUUUUAUAUAUCCC